AUGGCGGAGAAUGAAGGAGUAGUGAAGCUUCUAGGGUUUUGGGCAAGUCCUUUUAGUCGUCGGGUGGAGAUGGCUCUCAAACUCAAAGGCGUACCAUACGAAUACUUGGAGGAAGACUUGCCCAACAACAAGAGCCCUUUGCUUCUUGAGUUAAACCCGGUUCACAAGAAGGUUCCGGUUCUUGUCCACAAUGGCAAAAUAUUGCCCGAGUCACAUCUAAUCCUCGAAUACAUCGAUAAGACAUGGCAGAGUAAUCCAAUUCUUCCUCAAGAUCCUUACCAGAAAUCCAUGGCUCGAUUCUGGGCCAAGUUCGUUGAUGAGCAGGUCAUAACACUAGGAUUCAGGUCUCUGGUAAAAGCAGAGAAAGGAAGAGAGGUUGCUAUUGAAGAGGCUCGAGAAAUUAUUAUGUUUCUUGAGAAGGAAGUCACUGGAAAAGAUUUCUUUGGUGGCAAGACAAUUGGAUUCGUGGACAUGGUCGCAGGAAGUAUAAUCCCGUUUUGUUUGGCUCGGCUUUGGGAAGGUAUGGGGAUUGAUAUGAUUCCAGAGGAGAAGUUUCCAGAGUUAAACAGAUGGAUCAAAAGAUUGAGUGAAAUUGAGACCGUGAGGGAAUGUAUUCCUCACAGAGAGAAACAUAUUCAGCACAUGAUGAAAGUUGCAGAGCGAUACAAAUAA